AUGACUCCGGCUUCUUUCGGGCAUCACCUACAGAAGAAAUGGGUGUUCCCUAUUACGCUUGCGCAGGAGUAUCUUCCAUUCCUCACCAACCUCAGUCUUUCUGAAGAUAAAAACAAGUUUGCUGUGGAUUACAGAAAGGCUGAUCCCAUUUAUCUCAAUAACUUGGACACUGAUACGCGUUACAAGCACUGGAAGAACAGCGUCAAAAUGUUGCUCGAGCCCUACUACCCUGGCAGGAGGAACUAUUGUAUGCAAGAGAUCGGACUUGUUACCGACACGCUCACUGAUUGA